AUGCAGGCAACAGAUAAAGUGAGGAACAACAAAGGAUCGAAGUUGAAAGUUAUAAGCAAGCUUCACUGCUACAUACAACCUACAACAAACUCAAAUUUUUUCGAAAUAAAUAAAAGGGUGGCAAAAGUUUUUUGCACCACCGACUUUGCGCCUGACAGUAGCAGGGUUUUGACGUGGCUACCUGCAGUUUGUGCCAGCAUAGGCAGGCAUGCAUACUUGUUUCAAACUGAUUUACACUUUUAUGCUUCUUUUGACUUCGUCUGUUUCCCACUAGGUCCAACAGAGGCACUCAUCUACAUUUAUCAGGUGGGAAGAUUGAUAUUGGAAUGUACACUGCUUAUUAUAUUGAAGCAAAAACAUGUAAAUAUGUCUACUAGAGCAAUGCGGUUUCAAACCACGGUUGCGGACAAAAAAUUCUCAAAACUCUGCGGUCGCUUUGAACCUUUUUUCUUUUAUUCGACACAUUUGCUUAGCCGUUUAGCAGUCACUGUCAAACCAUGGUGCAGUCGGGACAUGUUUCCAUCGAACUUCAUGAAGUGGAGCAACAUCGUCACCAAUUUUUAA